AUGUCCGAAGCUUUCUUCGAACUCGUCAAGGCGCGCCGUUCUUACUACGCGCUCUCAAAUAAGACCCCUAUCCCGGCGGACAGGAUCACCAAGAUCGUUGAAGAGGCUCUGUUGUUCGUUCCCAGCUCGUUCAACUCCCAGUCUUCCCGUGUUGUCAUCGUCUACGGAAAGGAACACGAGGCUCUCUGGGACCUCGUGCUCGAGGUGCUCAAGCCUGUCGCCCCACCCGAGCAGUACCCGCGCACGAUUGAGAAGGUCAAUGCAUGCUUCAAGUCUGGCUUCGGCACGGUCCUGUUCUUCGAGGACAACGCCAGCGUGAUCGACAUGCAGGAGAAGUUCCCGCUGUACCAGGACCGUUUCCCCACCUGGGCGCAACACACGAGCGGCAUGCUCCAAUACAUCGUGUGGCUCGCGUUUGAGAAGGAGGGACUGGGCGCGUCUCUGCAGCAUUAUAACCCGCUUAUUGACGAGCGUGUUCGUGACAAGUUCAACCUUCCCGUCACUUGGUUCUUGACCGCCCAGAUGCCGUUCGGCAACAUUGCGGCUCCGGCGGAUCCGAAAGAGUUCAUGCCCAUGGAGGAGAGGUUCAAGGUGUUUGGUUCUAAACUGUAG